CCUCGAGUUCAGAUGAACGUGUGGAAGUCGGUCGUCCGCAUCUCGGUUAGCCUUUCAUCCAAGGAAGUCACCACGUCGACCGCUUUGGUUGUGGAUCGCUCGCCGACGCACUUGUACCUGAUGACCAACUUGGGUCUGUGGGUCGACCAGCGCUUAGUUGGUGACUUGAGCAGUGACUUCAAGAAGGAGAUCGUACGUUUUCUCCGUCUCCAUCCUCUGAGUGCCAAAGGUGAGCAUUCGCGGGCGUCUGGGGCGGAUAAACCCCGUAUUGUGGUCGAGAAGCUCAAUCCGGAAGACAACGAGAUGGAAGCAAUCCACGAGUUCGGCCUUGAGAGCGACGUGUGCUGGAAAAGCUCGGCGGAUCUGGACUUCGCCGUCUUCAAGGUGGCCAUGCCGGGCGAUGAUCGGCUCGCUGCGUGCAAGAUGGCUUCUUUUGGAGUGGUCCCAACGAUGAAGGUCCACGCGUAUCUCUUCCGCAGCAUUCCUUACCAGUUCGGACCUCCGUACGCCAUUAUUCCGGCUCAAGUCACUGGAGUGAUGGGGGGCGAGUUUAAUUUGUCUGCCCACGGUCUUCCUGACGGCGCAAUUGUGUGCACCGACGAUGGACUGGCAGUCGGGUACCUUGGUGGCGCGUCGCUUAUGAAGUAUCCGUCGUGCGGCUACAGACUUGAAGGCACGCUAUUGGAUCUGCCGUCUACC